AUGUAUCUUCCCCCCCAAGAUCUCCACAGAUUCGAUACCCGUCAGAAUAAUGCGUCCGACACGGGGCAAAAGGACACAGGCCCGAAAAAUGGGAACAAAACGAACACCUUUGUCAUUUGUGCCGCUGUGAUCAUCUUUGCCCUCGGCGUCAUCAUACUAUCCUACUUCGCCUUACGCACUCUCCGCCGAAUGAACUGUCGCCCUAAAUACAUCCCGGGAAAAUAUUUGAAGGACAAGUGGAAUCGAUGGGGUGGGGCGUCGUAUGGCCAAGUUCCUAAUGAAACCGCAAUCAACCGGAACGAGGGUGGAACCUCGACGAACACGCCUGCAGAAGAAGGAUCGGAGAUGAAUACCAAUGUCACCGUCCGUCGUGAUACCUCGGUGCGGUCGGUCAUUACACUCCCUCCCUACUCCUCCAGCCCCAAGCCAACAGAGCAAGUCAUUGCGCGCGAAGGAGAACGAGGGGGCAUGGAUGUCGUCGUCGAGUUCCCGGAGACCGCGGAAGAAGAGGAGGCACGCAGAGAGGAAUUGAUGGAGUCGUUAUACCAGAUUCGCCAACAACGACGGCAGGAGCUGGCGGAGCGGGAGGAGCGACGUCGCGAGCGUCGGGAAGCCCGCGACCGGGGUGACUUUAUUCGUCUUGAACAGCUCCGGAUACAGAAUCGAGCGCGUACUCAGAGUCGCUCGUCGGCAAACGGCAGCACGCCGAAUUUGAGCUCCACAGCAGCCCUUGCAGAGCAGCAAUCCCGUGGACGCGACAGGAGGAUCUCUAGUGUUAGCUACGCGGAGCUGGGAUACGUCCGACAUGACGGAUCCCGUGUCCGGGUUAGCUCGACCGAUUCUGACCGUCACCCACUUUUGUCCAACGCCGCAGCGGUGAGCAGCGAGAAUCCCGACCGUUCAUCGACCGCAACCUUGACGAACAUACAUUCCCGGGGCGAAUCCUAUUCAUCUGUCCAGUCGGCCGCCAGCGGGACUUCGGAAACGGAUGGACUGACGCGUAUCCGCUCUCAUGCGCGCUCCUCUCACUCUACAGGCCCUUCUCUGUCGGAACCAGAGGAAGGUGACGUUGGCGCACAUCACAUUCCUCCGCCAAGCUAUGAUCAUCUAGACUGGGGUGAAGCUCCGCCGUACGAAAGCCCCGUCGCUGAUCGAGGGGAACAUGUGCCUCGUCUGCGCGAACUGACAGUGCUACCCACGAUUCACAUUGACGCCGCGAGCCCCGUCAGCAAUACCCCUACUUCUCCGAGAAUUCCUCCUCAGCAUGAAGUCCAGGAGACCUCUUCCGGCGAGUCUAUCACACCUCAUACAACCUCACCGUCCUCAUAA